AUGAAGGUCUCAUUAAUAUCAGUAGUAUGCCUCCUGCUCGGCACCCAGCAGCUGGCCUCAGCAGAGCGCAUGCUCUACUCCGACUCCCUCAACCCCUGCCAGACCAACAACAACUUCAGCGCGACCCAAUUCGAUGUCACCCUCACCCCCGCCAACAACAGUCUCUCCUUCAGCGUCGUCGGCGUCAGCACAAUCAUGGGCAAUGUCACAAUAGAUCUGCGAUUCAUUGCUUACGGGUUGCAAGCCUACCAGACCACGCUAGACCCGUGUAAGCUUGGCUUUCAGGGUCUGUGUCCUAUGAAUGAUGGACAGAUCAAUCUGCCUACGUCCAAUGUACCACUUCCGGGUAGCGCGCUGGCUCAGGUGCCGGGGAUUGCGUAUACAGUCCCGGACUUGGAUGCGAAGGUGCAGGUGUACUUCAACUCUACGACCACGGGACAAUCGGCGGCUUGCGUGGAGGCAAGGCUAUCAAAUGGCAAGACGGUGGAUCAAAAGGGCGUAGCUUGGGCAAUCGCAGUCAUUUCUGGCCUGGCGCUUGUUGCAUCAGCCAUCACAUCUGGGCUUGGACACUCAAAUACUGCGGCACACGUGGCGGCGAACGCCAUGGCUCUCUUCAGUUACUUCCAGGCGCAGGCUUUCAUCGGCAUGACCGCGGUACCUCUUCCACCUAUUGUGGCAUCUUGGACGCAGAACUUCCAAUGGAGCAUGGGUAUAAUCCGUGUCACUUUCCUGCAGAGGAUCGCGACCUGGUACCAGCGCGCAACAGGAGGCACGCCAUCUACUGUACUGUCCAGCCUCGGCACCACCAGUGUAGAGGUGGAGAAGCGCAGUCUGGCAGCUGUGACGAAUCUGGUCAAGCGUGCCGCAUAUGAGGUCCACAACAACAUCCUACGUGCCCGCAGCAACGCAGCUGGAUCGAACGGCGCUGAUACCUCGAACACAGUCAUAGUCAGAGGUAUCCAGCGCGUUGGCUUCCGAGCUGGCAUCGAAGUCACCAACAUCUUCUUGACAGGCUACAUCUUCUUCAUGAUCUUCGUGGUAGCGGUCGUGAUCGGGGUCCUGCUCUUCAAGCUCUUCUGCGAACUCAUGGUCAAAGCCGGCCGCUUCAAGGGCGACAAAUUCCAGGACUUUCGCAAUGGCUGGACCACCGUGCUCAAGGGCAUUCUGUUCCGCAUUGUUCUUAUUGGCUUCCCUCAGAUGGUUGUCCUCUGCUUCUGGGAGUUCACCCGCAUCGAUUCGACUGCUGAGAUGGUUCUAGCUAUCUUCACCAUCUUCACUAUGCUUGCGACUGUUGGAUGGGCCUGUAGUAAGGUCAUUCGACUAGCACGGCGCAGUAUCAGCAUGCACAAGAAUCCCGCCUACAUUCUUUACUCGGACCCAGUGUCGCUCAAUAAGUGGGGUUUCCUCUACGUGCAGUUCAAGGCGACGGCAUACUACUUCAUCGUGCCUGUCCUCACCUACAUCUUGAUCAAGGGCCUGUUCGUCGCACUUGCGCAGAAAUCUGGAACCCUUCAGGCUAUUGCGCUCGUGGUCAUCGAGGCAGUGUUCCUGAUUGGCGUCUGCAUCAUGCGACCAUAUAUGGACAAGAAGACGAACGCUUUCAACAUCGCCAUCGUGGUCGUCAACUUCAUCAGCGCCAUCUUCUUGCUCGUAUUCACCGGCAUCUUCACUCAGCCUGGCAUCGUGACCGGCGUCAUGGGCGUCAUCUUUUUCGUCUACAACGCCGUCUUCUCCACCAUCCUCCUCAUCAUCGUCCUCGUCGCCUCCAUCAUCGCCCUCGUGGCCAAGAACCCAGAUACCCGCUACCAACCCAUGCGCGACGACCGUGGCUCCUUCAUCAAGUCCCAAACGCAGCUCAACACCGAGCUCGACGCUCUGGGUGCAACGGCAAGAGGAGAGUCCAAGCAUGGAUGGAGUAACGGCAAAGGUGCCAGAAUCGAGGACGAUGACGAUAGUCUUUCCGGCAGUAGUGCUGAUCGGUCUGGACACUCUCACCAUCAGCAGCAGCAGCAGCAGAACACUGCAUAUCAAGGCGGUAUGGGGAGGCCGCAGCAAUUGGCUGGACCACCCAGCUACAAUAGUCGAAGCGACACCGCUAGCCCAUACCAGAACAGCCAGCAGGCCAAUUCCUUUCGAGGCCAAGGAGCGAGUCCAAGUCCAUGGCAACGAGGUGCUGGAUACGAAUGA